AUGGAGGGAGCUGCUAUGAGAAUAGCCCUCUUAGGGCUGCUGCUGGCUUUGGCCACCUCACUACCAAGCAAGGACGACUGGGACAUCUACAGCUUCCACAUCAACUCUACAGUGAGCAGUCGUUAUGCCACCACUGUCAUCACCAGCCGUGUGGCCAAUCGUAUGGAUGAGUCAAAGGAAAUUGAGUUCCACGUUCGUAUUCCAAAGAACGCUUUCAUCAGUAAAUUCAGAAUGUUUAUGGAUGGGGAAGUGUACGAUGGUGUUGUGAAAGCUAAGGAGCAGGCUCAGCAGCAGUACACUGAGGCUGUGUCCCGAGGCCAAAGUGCAGGGAUUGUCAGUUCUGUUGGGAGGACCCUAGAGGAGUUUAAGACCUCUGUGAAUGUGGCUGCUCACAAAAAGGUGACCUUUGAACUCACGUAUGAGGAGCUGCUGAAACGUAAGCUCGGUAAAUAUGAGCUCCAAAUCCAUGCUCGGCCCAUGCAGCCUGUUAAAGAUUUCAAGGUUGAUGUGUACAUCCAUGAGGAAGCCGGCAUUAAUUUCUUGGAAGUUAAAGGAGGACUGAGCACCAGAGCUCUGGGAAAUGCAAUCACCAAAACACUUGCAGACAAACAGGCGUGGGUUUAUUUCUACCCAACAGAAGAUCAACAAAAAACAUGUGACAGCUGUGGAGAGCAGGGUAUGAAUGGAGAUCUGGUGAUUGUUUAUGAUGUCAACAGGGACACCACAUUAGGAGAUAUCACGGCAUCUGCUGGGUAUUUUCUCCAUCAUUUUGCUCCAUCAAGUCUGCCCCGCAUUCCAAAAAAUGUUGUCUUUGUUAUUGAUCAAAGUGGAUCCAUGCAUGGUACAAAAAUACAUCAGACCCGAAUAGCUUUAAUCCAUAUACUGAAAGACCUGGCAGAGGAUGAUUUUUUUGGUCUCAUCACUUUUGAUGGUAGCAUUUUUCACUGGAAACGAGAACUUGUUCAAGCAAACCAGCAAAAUGUGGAGAGUGCCAAGGAAUUUGCACGGAAUAUUCGUGACAGAGGAGCCACAGACAUUAAUACAGCAGUACUGGAAGGUGUACGAAUGCUGAAUGCACAUCCAAGAGAAGGUUCAGCAUCUAUCCUUAUACUCCUCACUGAUGGAGACCCAACAUCCGGAGAGACAAACCUUGAAAGAAUACAAUCAAAUGUAAAAAAGGCCAUCGCAAGUAAAUUCCCCCUCUACUGUCUUGGAUUUGGUUUUGAUGUCAAUUUUGAGUUCCUUGAGAGCAUGUCACUGCAGAACGAUGGUGUGGCACGGCGGAUUUAUGAAGACUCUGAUGCUGAUUUGCAAUUGAAGGGUUUCUAUGAAGAGGUGGCCACUCCACUGUUGACUGAUGUGACGAUGAUCUAUAUUGGUGGGACUAAUCUAACCCAGACUAACUUCAGUCAGUAUUAUAAUGGCUCUGAGAUUGUGGUAGCCGGUCAGAUCACUGACAACAACAUUGAAACCUUCACUCCACAAGUUCUGGCCAUCUCUAGAAAUACAAGAAUGACAUUUACAAACACCGACGUCACAGUGGAAUUAACUGGGACAACAUCCGACAACCGCAUCCAGAGGGUCUGGGCCUACCUCACAGUCAAACAACUUCUGGAGAAAGAGCUGCAAUUAUCUGGACCUGAAAAAGAGACGGUGAAGAAAGAAGCCAUGGAGUUAUCACUCAAUUACAGCUUUGUGACUCCACUUACAUCCAUGGUGGUCACCAAGCCUCCAGGUGAAAGAACAGAUGUACUUCAUAAACCCAAGGAAGGAGAAAGACCUGAUCUGCAAAGCUAUCAUUUCACAACAGCCAACCGAGGUAGAAAAAAAGCGUCUUCUCAGAAAAAACUUCGUGGGUCAGAUCCGUAUCUUGAUGUGUUCCACGACCCUUCCACUGUGAAACUAUAUUCACCUACUGCAACAACACCUCCUGUUUCCUCUGUUCAUAGGUUUUUGAUUAAAGCUGAUAAUCUGUCCCUUCCACUAUGCUUUGACGUCUCAAACAGUAUCCGUCUUAAACUACUCCACCAUCCCAACAAGGAGCUUUCUGUGAAUGGUGAGCUUGAUUCAGCACCAAAUGGAGGCUUUCAAAGGAUCGUCAUCCACUUCCAAACUAACCUGACUAUUGAGGUCGACACCAGUGGAUUCACUGUUAGAGAGGGACAGAUAUCCACACACUACACAGGACAGGAUAACACCGCUGCUGGAAGAGUGACUGUGAUCAAACGGGACAAGGAGACAGAUAUUACUGUUGGAGAGACUCGUCUGGUCAUCUUACUUCAUGAAACAGCUGGAAAACAAUUCCUCUGGCCGGUUUUAAGACAGGCGCCAUCGGACAACAACACGGAGGGAAUUUUAGUUUUAAAGCCAGAAGCUCGUGAGGAAGUGCAACAGUCUGUAACAAAAGUAAAGAUCAACGACCAGGAGAUUAAUGUUACCAGAUCCCAUGCUGCUGAUUACAGUGUGGCAUCCCCCCCAUCACUGAACUGUUGGCUCACGUCUGCUGAGUCAGUUCUGCAGAGACCCCUGGACCAUUUCACUGUCACAGCCCUGUAACUGGGAGCUAUACUGGCACACCUUAAAUGACACCAUCUUAACAAAAAAUAGGCAAACACUGAAACAUCA